AUGGAUUCGAAGCUCGUUGACGUCUGGCAAGCCGCCGCUGGAAACCCUUUCCUUCCCACCGUCGGCAAGGGCACUCAAUUCCUCGUCGCCUUCGUCCUCCUCCUUCUAGGUCUCUUCUCCUUCGGCAUUUUCGCUUUGAACCGAUCUGCAGUAAACGUGCCCGUCAUCGGAAUCCCGGCUUCUCUGGCCAUCGCGGUGGGAACUGUCUACAUGUUCUGCGCGGUCGGCGUCUACGUUUAG